AUGGCGUCCGCGAUGGCGACCAAACGUCUGCGCAAGGAGUACCUGGCGCUGCAGCGCAAGCCUGUGGACUAUAUCCGAGCGGCCCCCCUCGAGACGAACAUACUCGAGUGGCACUACGUGAUCACAGGCACUAAGGGCACGCCGUACGAAGAUGGCUACUUUCACGGCAAGCUCAAGUUCCCUCCUGAGUACCCCAUGAAGCCUCCGUCCGUACUAAUGCUUACGCCAAACGGUCGAUUCAAGACGAAUCAGCGACUGUGUCUCAGUAUGUCGGACUUUCAUCCGGAAACGUGGAAUCCCAUGUGGUCAGUUAGUUCCAUUCUUACGGGGCUCUAUUCGUUUAUGCUCGAGAAUCAGGCAACGUUGGGCAGUAUUACUACUACGGACGCACAGAAGCGGAAGUAUGCGGCGGCGUCUUUGGAGACCAAUUGCAGCAAUGCGAUCUUUCGCAGUUUGUUUCCGGAUCUCGUAGCACUACAGAAGGCGCGAGAAAACGAUCGAGAAUUGCUACGACAGUUGUCGUCUGACGGAGAGGCAGCAACGACGUCGUCGUCGGGCGCAAAAGCGGGAACACUUCCUGGUAAUGGGGCGGUGAUAGAAGACUGGUCCACGACAGUGUACUUGAUCGGCGUUGUGCUCGUAGUGGCUACUGUUGCGGCUUAUGGGCUAUCGUAA